AUGAAGGCUGGACAAUUCAUCGCUUCUCUGGCGCUGGCUAGCGGCUUCGCCUCGGCGAGCCGCUGCCUCGCUGGACCGAAGCUCAAACACUGGCCUGCGGAUGCCGCCAAGCAGCUCAACCAACUGAUCGCCGCCAAAGCUAAACAGGACCACUACGCCGUUUUUGACAUGGACAACACCAGUUACAUGAACGACAUUGAAGAAUCCCUACUGGCCUACCUCGAGAACAAGGGCAUCUUAUCCCGCGAUUCCAUCGACCCGUCACUCAAGAUCAAGCCUUUCAAGGAUUUCACCAACUCUACCUUCCAAUACAGAGAAAGCCUUUUCAGCUACUACAACCGACUCUACGAUUUUGACCAGAUUGCAGGCUACACCUUCUCUGCCCAAGUCUUUGCCGGGAUUCCCUUGCACCGGCUCAAGGGCCACGUCGACGAGCUCAUGCGGCUGGACGGCCCAAUUCCAGCGACGCAGUUCGAGAAUGGUGUCUUGGUGAACACGGCGGUGCCCCCUCCGAAAGUCUUCAGAGGAAUGGUUGAGCUCUGGAACAAGCUGAGGGCCAACGGCAUCGACGUCUACGUUAUGAGCGCUUCGGCCGAGGAGCUUGUCCGCAUGAUAGCGUCGGACCCGGUGAACUAUGGCUACAAUCUCAAGCCGGAGAACGUCAUAGGUGUCUCAUUACUGAUGAAUAAUUUGACAUCUGGCGAACUCACUACAUCCCGAAAACAGAUUACCGAUGGUAACUACAACCAGACAAGAAACCUAGGUCUGGUCAUGACAACCUCCCUCUGGACGCCAGCUACCUGGCAAUUCGGCAAGGUGGCCGGAAUCCAAACAUACAUUCACCCUUGGAAAAGGCCAAUUCUAGUAGCUGGAGACACGCCCAAGAGCGAUGGUCCCAUGCUGUUUCAUGCUACCGACGUUGAGCGUGGUGGCGUUCGCCUCUGGAUCAACCGCAAGAAACGCUCCAUGACAGAAUUGAAGGACAUGAUGCGGAAAAACAGCGCCGAACAGGCCCGUCUGGGCUUGCCCGUUACGGCUGGCCUCAGGUGGGUAUUCGUAAAGCCCGAGGAGAUUUUGUAA